AUGUCUAAUCAACAGACGGAGGAGGAGGUCUUUGAAUUUUUGAAUUCAUUGCCUGAAAACAAUGGCCAACCAAACAAGGAGUCUGAAAAGACGGAUGAAGAUAUUCUGGAUUUUCUGGACGAACUAGAGGCCAAGGAAAAAAGCAAGACGCCCAAGACGAAACAAGAACAUAAGAAGACAGAAACAAUACUGGAAUACAGGCAAGAAACAAAACCUGAUGAGACAUCCGAAAAAAAGCCUCAGAUGAAGCCUGUACAAUUCAAGGAAACUACCGAACAAGUGCCAACUGAACAUGCGCCGACUGAAGAGGUGAGUGACCCAAUUACUUCGUUUUCAUCGUGGUGGUCCAAAGAAGGCAGUGCGAAAGUGACGUCCCAAUUUUCCUCUCUUUGGGGCACGGCAGAGUCUGCUAUCAAUUAUGCUAGGGAGCAGAAGUUGGAGGACAACUUGAAAAAAGCAUUCCAGGAUAUUGGCAUCACAGGGGUGUUAGAGGGUGAUCGUGAAUUGACUGAUGACGAAAAACAGAAACUUCUGAAAUUGCCUGAUACCAAGCAGGCAUUGAAUUCUUUGAACAAGGGAUUCAAUUUGCUGUCUUCUCAACUGACUUCAGCGCUCGAAAAAAUCCAGCUUGAUAUUGAUGCCAAUAAAGACGAGAUAUUGGACAUCAAGUUAGUUCACGACCUCAAAAAUUACAAGAGCCUCCCGAAAUAUGUGAAGAGUAACUUUGAAACUGUCAUGAGGGCACAAGUUGACGGCGACAUUCAGGUGAGAAUUGCGGAAAGUGGCAUUCUAUCUUCGUCAGCAGAGACCUCAGAUCAAUCCAAAAGUCUAGGUUUGUUUGCCGGUAAGUUAUCCGACGGCGAAAAACUCAUUCAUGCAAAUAUCGAGAGUGUCAUCAAAGCGAACGCUAGCAAGGAAGAUACAGAGGCUACAGAAAUUAGGAAGUCCGAUAUAUAUAUUGGCUUGCUAGCUAUAUCAAUAAGCAAGGAGGACACACCGGCAGAAGAAUCUGAGAUAGUGACUAUUGACGAAUACCAACCAUCAUCGUUUUCAUUUACGUCAAUUCUGGUGGAUCAGACUCACGACAUCACCAUAGUCAACAGAUCGCAACCGUUUCCUCUUAAAUGGUGUAAUUGGCUGGACGGGAAAUACGCAGAGGGCGAAGCAAGUGAAGAAGUCGAUCCUAGCGAGUGGGUGGCCGAUUGGAUCAACCGAGGGCUAGAUAUGAUGUUUGGAGUACUCGCGCAAACGUACAUAAUCAAACGGAUGGGGUAUUAG